GUAAAACCUUAAAAAAGUAGUGGUGCACUCUAGAAGAAGGGAACGGGAAUACCUACCGCACGGCAUAUUAUUUCUAGAGUUUUGCUUGUUCACACCGUUGCUAUUUAUCUAAACUUGCACAAAAGGUUUUCAAGUUGUGUUGUAAUUAAGCUCUGGCGCUUACCCGUUUCUGUGAGAGUUGAGAUUCGAGCCGAUCGUUCCUUGCCGGAGUUCGGUAUCCGGGACAUCGACACUUUGUUCCUGAGACGCCUGAAAUGAUAGUGCUUAAAUGAACGACGGAAAUAUGACUACCAACAGCGUGGAAGCCGAGUAUGCAAACAUAGCCAACCGUAAUGCUUGGCCUCUCGUUUAUCAGAAAAUCGGCCGUGAAUGCCAGAACUACACGUACACGUGCAUCGAGGCGAAGAAGCCACAGAACAAGCCGCUCAACCGCUACCGGGAUGUGAACCCCUACGACCACAGUCGCAUCAUCCUAACGCGGUGUGAGCGCGACUACAUAAAUGCCAACUUGGUCAAGAUGGAGCGCGCCAACCGCAAGUACAUCCUGACUCAGGGUCCGCUCGCGUUCACAGUGAGCCACUUCUGGCUGAUGGUGUGGGAGCAGCACAGCCGCGCCAUCCUCAUGCUCAACAAGAUCAUCGAAAAGAACGAGAUCAAGUGCCACUGGUACUGGCCCCACGGCAUCGGCGCCGAACACAAGAUGGCGCUCACCGACGUACAGCUCACCGUCGAGCAGCUCAGUGAGGAGGACUGCAGCUACUACUCCACCAGGGUCUUCAGGAUCCAAGACAUGGAGAGCGGGGAGAGCCGCGAGGUGAUCCAGUUCCAUUACACGACGUGGCCGGACUUCGGCGUGCCGUCGUCGCCGGGGGCGUUCCUGCAGUACCUAACGCGCGUGCGGGCGUCCGGCGCGCUCGAGCCGGACGUGGGCCCGGCGAUCGUGCACUGCAGCGCCGGCAUCGGACGCUCCGGCACUUUCUGUCUGGUGGACUCCUGCCUCGUCAUCAUUGAGAAGGAAGGCGAGCAGAGUGUGAACAUCCAAGAGAUAUUGCUUGAGAUGCGGAAGGACCGAAUGGGGCUCAUACAGACGCCGGACCAGCUGCGCUUUUCGUACCAAGCGGUCAUCGAGGGCGCUAAAAGACUCGACCCUAAUUGGACAGAAGAGCCCAAAAUGGAGGAGAGCAUUUAUUCGACCGUGGCCGAGACGGAAGAAGAGGCGCCGCCUCCCCCGCCCCCGCGAGGGGAGAGCCUGGCGCGACCCCCCGCCCGACCCUUGCCUGCCAUCCCCGCGAGCACCUCCCUCGGCAACUUGGCCUGUGAAUUCAGAGAGGAGAGCUCGGAUGAGGGCCCCGGUACUCCACCGCCCGCGGAUUCCUCGCAGUCUUCGGAUGAUCAGCAGGCGUCUUCUGCCGACGAUGAGGAUGACGAACCACCCCCGUCGGUGCCAGAGAGCGGUGAGACAUCGGAGACGCAAAGGCCCGACCUGAGGCGUCGCAAGAACCGCGAGCUGGCGGACAGAGUUUCGGCGAUGAAGCGGCGCGCGCGCAACGCCGAGAAGUGGCACAACCUAAAGAGGUCCCUCUACAAACCACUCACCAUCACCUUCGGCAUCAUUAUCGCCGGCAUUCUCGUCUACUCUUACGUCAAGCAUUAACCGCUCAAUACAUCACUACUCACUAGGCGCCUGUGACUAGUAACCGUACUCGCAGACGUAACGCCUUAUUCCAAAACGCGGAUGAAACUUUUAAACAAAAUCCGCCUCAUUACAAAGCUUAGCCUUAAGUUGAACCUGGACUAGAACUGAUAGUGUCACUUUUGUUUGGUACGAAAAAGACAGACAGCAGAUUGGGUUUGAACCAAGACUUGGUUGGUCUUGGUUCAAACCCAAUGUAGUCUCUCCUUCUUAAUCGAAUUUCAGAGUUAAAUAAAGUCUCUGAGUGCGGCUUCAAACUCCUGAUAAACUGUCACUAGGCGCCCAAAUUUCCCAGUAAGCAAUCACUAGGUGCCUGUAUUAUUAUUCCGAAUAAAUUUAAAAAGUCACCCGUUAAAACACUACUAUAUGGUAGCAAUAAUAAUUCUGCAAUAACAUUUUAUAAGGACCCCGUGACCAAAUUUUAAUUAUAAGUCUGUCCAUUUAUUUAUUAUCUUUUUGACAGAUCGACACCCAUGAAAUGAAAUUUUGUAUUGUACUUCAUGGACGGGUACCGUGCACUUACUUAAUCGUUAGAAAUAAAUGAGUACAACCAAAUUGAAAGGUAGAAACCAAGUAAUUAAAAUAUUAACAUUAUAUAAAGUUCAUAAUAUAAAUUUCUUAGUUUAUUUUUAAUUUAUUCAAAAGUAUCAGAUUCUUCAUAAAAUAUUUUGAUGUAUAUACAUACAUAUUAUAGAUAAAUCACACCCAGAC